AUUUAACUAUUGUUAUGGUCCUGCAACCAACGAGUGUGCAAGAGUGUAAAAAUGACUGUGGUGAUUGGAUUUGAGGGCAGUGCUAAUAAGAUUGGUAUUGGUAUAGUGAAAGAUGGGGAAGUCCUGUCAAACCCCAGACGCACUUAUAUCACCCCACCUGGCCAAGGGUUCCUACCUGGUGAGACCGCCAAACACCAUCGUAGUGUCAUUCUCACUGUCCUCCGGGAGGCGCUAGAUGAGGCCGGGCUCAAACAUGCAGAUAUUGACUGUGUGGCGUAUACCAAAGGGCCUGGAAUGGGAGCUCCUCUGGUGACAGUGGCGAUUGUGGCCCGGACAGUCGCUCAGUUGUGGGGGAAGCCACUGCUGGGCGUGAAUCACUGUAUUGGGCACAUCGAGAUGGGCCGCUUGAUCACCAGAGCUGAAAAUCCCACCGUGCUUUAUGUGAGUGGAGGUAAUACUCAGGUUAUUGCAUAUUCUGAACGACGUUACAGGAUAUUUGGAGAAACUAUAGACAUUGCUGUGGGAAACUGCCUGGACCGGUUUGCCAGGGUCAUCAAGAUAUCAAAUGAUCCCAGUCCUGGUUACAACAUUGAACAGAUGGCAAAGAAGGGCACGGAGUACAUAGAGCUGCCAUAUACAGUGAAGGGCAUGGAUGUGUCAUUUUCUGGGAUCUUGUCCUACAUAGAGGAAGCUGCUCACAAAAUGUUGAGUACAGGUCAGUGCACGCCUGAGGAUCUGUGUUUCUCCCUACAAGAGACUCUGUUUGCUAUGCUGGUGGAGAUCACAGAGAGAGCGAUGGCUCACUGCAGCUCUCAGGAAGUUUUGAUUGUUGGAGGAGUAGGCUGUAACCUGCGUCUGCAGGAGAUGAUGGGAGUCAUGUGUAAAGAGAGAGGUGCUCGACUCUUUGCCACAGAUGAGAGGUUUUGUAUAGACAAUGGUGCAAUGAUUGCACAGGCCGGUUGGGAAAUGUUUCGCUCGGGUGACGUCACAGAGCUACCAGAUUCCUGGAUUACACAAAGGUACAGAACAGAUGAAGUGGAGGUCACAUGGCGAGACUGAUAUUUGCGGCUUUCAGUGGCACUGAAUAACAUGCAGUCAAUUUCCUUAGUAUGAGGUUUUUAAUAAGGCCUUGAACAAUAUAUAGAUCUUAAAUGAUUUAACUAAACAUUUUCAUAUGCCAGUUGAAAUCGUCAAGGCAGUUUUUACUUUGUCUAGUAUUUUUGUUGUACAGACAUUAAGUGAAAAAUAAUACAAAAGAGUAUUUGUAUAAAAUUGUUUAAUAAAACCUACUGACUUUUUGCCUCAUCCGCUGUAUGCACAGUGACCAAAUACUUUUUACUUUUAACAGUGCUUAAAAUGUCUUUAUUCAACAGUUAGAUCCGGUCCAUUACUAUGAUUGAACAAGCAGCGCUCCAAGCUUGUCCAAGUUCGCUACAUAGAAAUCUAAUGCUAGACAAUGCUUUUGCUUCUUUUGGAACUAUUUUAAUUGGCAGAGCAAAAAUAAACAAAAAAGCUAGCUAUAUUGUGUCUGAAUUGUGUUAAAUAUGAUAGCCCUGUAAUUCAGCACAGUUGAUAAAUCAGCUCCAACAUUAUUCAUAUAGUUGUACUAGAGAUGCUAGUUUUUCUCUAGUACAACUAGUUUUUGAAGACCAACUGAAUCUCCCCGAAUUGGGAGAGUACAUUUUUUAAUUUAGUAUUAUUUUAAUGAAUUUCUACGCAAAAUGAAACAAAUAAGAGACUUGUUAGCAUUUAAUAUUCUUUUAUACUUGCUUUUCUCAAGAAGCAAAUACUAAGGGAUCAUCAGAAUAAUGACUGAUUGGUAAUCUGUUAACUCUAAACAUCACCUCACUUGUUAUACGGUACAGAAAGAUAUGCAUAAUAUGCUAAUGUAUUUGUUGCUAGCUAGCAAAAAGCUACAAAGUUCAUUAGUUAUUUGAACGGAUACUAAGUUAGGCAAACUCAAUUAAUUUAAGUUUUCACUAAACAAAGUAUUUGAGUAGAGCCUACAUUUUAAUUUCAUAUCAAAGAAACUCAUUUUCAUUGUGUGGAAACAAUGUCCACAAUUAAAUUAAGUUAAACCAACAAACAAAAAUGUCAUUGUAUACAGGUACAAGUAUAACUAGUUCUAAUUGAUGGUACCUACCUUGAAAAGUAACCCAGCUAACAUGUAAGAUCUGUUAUUGGUGCUUUAACGUCGUUUUAUGCAUUUUGUUCUGGGCAUUCACGGAGAGGGUAAUGUGACCUGUGACGUUUUUUUGAUUGCUUUAUCCUGAGCUGUUGGUGUAAGUUUCAAAUGGUUUUCCUUUUCUAUUUUUUUUAUUUUUAUUUAUAUCCGUCAAAUGACGUAAAAUUUUAAUCAGACUGAAAUCACAAAAAUGAUUGCAUAA